AUGACGGACGGAGUGGAGCUACACCAUGAUUUAGAAGAGGAAGAUGAGAAGAUUGAAGCACUACGCUACUUCACACGGUGGAGCAAGAACGGAGCCAUAACCGAGAUCCAACAACUCCUUCAGCAAGUCAGAAAAACGGACCAAAGACCAUCGGAGCAUUACUACAAGAAAUUAAAGGCGGAAACAAGAGUACCCAGAACGACAAGAGGAGAAAUAUUAGCCGACAACAGCAGACAAGCCAGAAAAGGAGCAGCACGCUCAUUUGGAGCACGACGAAAAGGAGGAGAUGACGAAACGAGACGCUUCUUCAAAAGGAACAGCGAAUGGCAAAGAGACCAGUCAAUCACGGACAUUCAAGCCUCCGCUGGCCACUUCUACAGCGAUGACUAUCCCAUUGCGGAAAGGAUGGCCUCAGAGUGGAGCCAUAUAUUUGGGGAAUCACAUGCAGACAGCAACCAAGGCAGCUUUAUGAUGAUGGAGCAGUUCAUGAACAUACCACCACAACAACGACUAACGCCGACAGAAGAAGCAGAUCGGAUGACCCCAAUCACGGAAACAGAAACGAAACUCGCCAUUGACCACCUCAACCGACACAAAACGAGAGGAACGACUGGACUCAACCAUGAAUUUUAUAAGGACUUUGCAGAAAUGAUGAUACCAUCUCUAACAAAAUUAUUCAAUAGCAUUCUUCAAGGAGCAGGAGUACCGCCUUGA